AUGUCGCCAAAUCAAGCAGAGACACCACGAAAGCAAGACGACAAGAGCAAACUGGAGGGCGAAGUUCGGCUGCGCCAGUUCACCGAGGAGGUCCUAGACUCGCGGCAGGAGGAGCUUGAAGUUCAAGAAAAAGAGAAUUCCAAGUUAUCAAAGAAGCUGGAAUUGUUACAGCAAGAAUUGAAAGAAGCGCAAAGCCAGCUCGCACAAGCUCGUACCCAGCCCAACAAAGCCGAGGAGAGCAAACAUCAGGGCACUCGCUCGUCUCCGAGGAGGAGAGACAUUACAGAAAGUGAAGCACAGGAGUCAUAUCAAAAUUUGUUUCAGAGUGUUGGGCGUUGGGUCGAGUAUCGCAUUCGACCUGUCUUGGACGAUCUAGCCCGUGGCCACUUUCGCUGCCAGCCAACUUCAGCUCAGUCAACAAGAUUCGUAUCGCUGAUGAGAGAACCAGCGACAAGCUGUCUCAACGUGUGGCAUUCCGAUGAAUAUCAUUUUACGGCUAUUAUCAUGCAAUAUCUGUGGCUAGUGUUCUUCGCCAAAUCAUUCUACUGUCCUCUGGAUGAUGGGGAUGGUGAGACAACUGUGGCGUGGAUCGAUGAGCUGGAGAGCGCGAUAUCUAAACUUCCUCGAGUGCCAUAUUUAACUGCUGCAGAACUGCAAAACUCUCUUCGGACAAGCAUCAUUGACCCGGCGGUAGACCUUGCACACCGACUGCAGCUUUCUCCAAACAUGUUCUCUCUAAGGUGGCCAUCACGAACCGCGAGAUCAAAACUGGAAACCUAUGAAUGUAUCAACCUUGCCGACAGGGGAGCCAUUAUGAUUUCGGGUGAAAAUGGCAAAUCAACCGAAGCCCUUAAAAACGCUUCGUAUCUAUUCGAUGUUGCUCCAGGUCUCUUUGUCGAGACAGUCUCCGGAGCAAAGAAGUCGACGGCAAAAGUUGUUUGCAAGCCAACGGUUUUGGUGUAUGGAGGAGAUAAGGAUGGCGAUAUUCCACAAAAGACUAUGACGUUGACAAGACUCUUGUGGGAUUUUGCGAAUGGAUCUAAGGGGCGAUCUCUUGUUCCAUCGCGAAAAGUAUCACCCAAAAGUAAGACCCUGAUCUUGAGGCGACAUCGCUCAAAGCUCUGA